AUGGUCAAACUCAUAUCAAUUAUAGCCCUAGUUCAACUUGUCUCUGCGACAAUUGUACCUUGGAAUCUCCAGAACGUCUUAUCUGACGUCCAUCACCCUUCUCUCCAUCUCUUGGAUUAUAUUCAAUCCUUGAAGAACGAGGUAAUGUUCGAUGGCGACGAUCGCAGAAUAAUCAAGUUAGGCCCCCAAGAAUACCGUAUUAUCACUGAAAAAGAGAAAUACCAGUUGAAAACAGAGGGGAUAUCAUUUAUCGAUGUCACCUAUCAGCAUGGAGACAAUGUAGAGCUGCUCUAUUCCAGUGCGCCAGUUACCGUUCCAGACUAUCUUUAUCCGUCCAAUGAUACUUUCCAUUUCAAACAAGUAAAUUCUUUGAUAGGUGAGAUUGACAUUGGCAGAAUGCAGGCGUUUUUGGGAAGGUUCUCUAGCUUCUUUACAAGAUUUUACAAAUCUGACAAGGGGUUGCAGAGUUCUAUCUGGUUACAAGGUGAAUUGGUUCAAUUGGCCUUGAAAGAUCCAUCGAGGUUCAAUGUUACUACUGUGGAACACCCUUGGAAGCAGAAUUCUGCCAUCUUUACGAUAUACGGUGAAAAUGUUGAUCCUUCGAAAGGAAAAGGGGACAUUGUAGUAGUGGGAUGCCAUCAAGAUUCCAUAAACUUGCUUUUCCCCAACAUUCUCCGUGCUCCAGGGGCUGAUGAUGAUGGAUCUGGUGUAACUUCCAACCUUGAAGCGCUCAGAAUCAUAGUUGAAAGUGGCCUCAAGUUUCACAAUACAGUAGAGUUUCACUUUUAUUCUGCCGAAGAAGGAGGACUACUUGGCUCCCAGCAAAUUUUCAGCUCGUAUAGAGCUGCAGAAGAGACUGUUGUUGCUAUGCUACAACAGGACAUGACUGGAUACAUCCAAAAAGCUUUAGACCACGGGGAAUCCGACCACUUCGGGCUAAUCACUGACCAUACAAACGCAAAUCUGAAUAGCUUCCUUGCACUUUUAAUCGAUGCAUACACUUCAAUUCCCUACAAAGAAACCGAAUGUGGGUAUGCCUGCUCAGAUCAUAGUUCUGCCUUGGAACAUGGUUAUCCAUCUGCCAUGGUCUUUGAAAGUAGUUUUGCCUACACAAAUCCCUUCAUCCAUAGCACCCAAGACACAAUUGACAAGAUCAAUUUUCCACAUAUGGCAGAGCAUGUCAAGUUGGUCCUGGGUUACGUUGUAGAGUUGGGAUUAGAACAUUUUAGGUGA